ACAAACCACGCAACAAACUCCUCCUUCUGCAUUUGACGCAAUGUGAAGGGGAAAUGCUUUAAUUUCCGAGGCGUUUCCGUUACUCUAAACAUCUGCGCUAAAUGUGCUGUCGUCACAGGGCAGAAAUGAUGUGUGUUCACCGACUGAGGAUCAGAACCGGACUGUGACUCGUGGAAAACGGUCAGAUUGAGCUCAAGGACACCGCUGCACAUUCACGGCUGCAGGUAUGGCAGAUUUGCUGCGAUGUCUCCUGAACGUGGCUGAAAAAGCCGCCAAUGUGGCCCGGGUCUGUCGGCAGGAGGCCCCGCUGUUUGAGCUCCUCGUACAGGAAAAGACCGGAGCAGACAAAAACAAGAAAUUCGUCCAGGACUUUAAGACGCUUGCUGAUGUGGUGAUCCAGGAAAUGAUUCGCCAUGAUGUUUGUGCUCAGUUUCCAGAGCUGACUGGCUUUAUUCAGGGAGAGGAAUCCAACAAGUUUGAAAAUGGACUUGGGGAGAGUGUUACUGUGACUGUAUGCGCUCAGCAAGAAGACACGACUGCUCUGCUGGCUAAAGUUCUGGAUGGAGAUCAGACCGCUGCGUCUCUCCUGUCUGAAGUGAUCCACCAGGACCUCCAGCUUCAAGAUCAGACAGCGGAAUCCCUGCAGAUCUCCAUCAGCCCUGCCGACGUGGGCAUCUGGAUUGAUCCCAUCGAUGGGACAAGCCAGUACAUUGAAGGAAAAGAGGAAGAGGAGCCAGAUGAAGGGUUUUGCGUGUCCGGACUGCCCUGCGCUUUGGUUCUGGUUGGAGUUUACUUGCGAGCCACUGGUCAGCCAGUUAUGGGUGUCAUAAACCAGCCAUUCAACCGCAAAGACUCCACAGGGAAACGAUGGAAAGGCCAGUACGUGUGGGGUGUUUCGUAUGAAGAUGUGAACGUAUGUUCGCUCACACAACGCAGACAGUCACUGGCACAGAAGAGCGAACACCUAUCCGUAUUAUUGAGCUCCAGUGAGCGGCGCGAGGUGAAGGACGCGCUCGCGGCGCUCUCCAACGGCUCGCUAAUGUUCGCAUCCGGCGCCGGAUACAAAAUCCUGUGUGUUUUGCAGGGUCUAGCAGAUGUGUAUGUGUUAUCUGAGGGAAGCACCUUUAAAUGGGACUCGUGCGCUCCUCAUGCCAUUCUGCGGGCUCUGGGUGGUGGAGUUUCUGAUUUGAGCGCAUGUAUGCAGGCUAAAAACACUGGGUACGCCACUGAAAUCACAUACCAUCAGCCCUCAGGGGACCAUCAGAGUCACGGUGUGGAUCGGUGGGCCAAUCAGGGGGGAAUAAUCGCAUAUCUGGACUCCAGCAUCAUUGAGAAAGUCAUAGCGGUGCUUGCUGGAAAGAUCUGACUAAUAUAUGAAGUGCUUAUCCAUGUUUGGAACUAAACAAUCACACAGUAGGGUUUUAUUAGUGAAGUAAGAGAUAAACUACAUCCAGGAGGUUGUUACAAGGGUUUAUUCUGUGAGAACAACCGUCUGGAUGUACUUUAUGUUGCUUGAUACAUUGAUAUAAAAUAUACAAACCACACACAAAACAUUGUUCAAAGCUGUAAUAGUUUAUUAGUUCUUUAAUUCAAUGCAAAACUGACUGAAUUGUAAACAGCUGAUGGAGUAUACACUAACCUGUGCAUCAUUCAGCCACAGGAUGGCGCCAAACUGCAAAGCUGACAAA